AUGAGUGCCCGCGAUCUUGUCGAGGGAGAAGCCCUCCUAGACGACGAGGAGAACGAGGAGGAGCUCGUCGAUGACUAUGGUGAAGGUGGAGAACGUGUCGACACGACUGGCAAGCACUAUGAUUCCAGUGAGGAGGAAGAAGAUGACGACGACGAAGAAGCAGCUCAAGCCGUGCGGGAAGGAUUUAUCGUUGACGAAGACGAGGAAGAAGAGGAACGCGCGCAACGCCGCCGGGAGAAAAGAAAGCGAAGACGCGAAGAACGAGAAAGAGAGGAUGAACACCUAGAUGAGGAAGAUUUGGAGCUCAUUGGCGAGCUCAAUCCAGAGCGCCGGUCGACAGCUGCAGCCGACUCAAAAUUCAAGCGUCUAAAGCGCGGUCAUAAGGAUCGUGACGUCCGGCAACCGUCCCAAGCUAUCGAUGACAUUUUCAAUUCCGACGAGGAAGAUGAGCCCGCACCAGACUAUGGCAGGCUCGGCAGGAGGCACCCUGGCGAUGAGAUGGACGACUUCAUUGAAGAAGAUGUGUUCUCGGAUGAAGAUCUACAGCAGGAGCGAGAAGACUUGGAGGUUGCUCGUCCCAGGAAGUCGAUUCCCUUUGGAGCCACCGACACCACUGGCCUCGACGAGAACGCUCUUGAAGACAUGCGCGCCGCGUUUGGAGACGGAAACGAAUACUACUUUGCUCUUGCUAUGGAGGAGGAAGAGGAGGAGCAGGAGGAAGACGUCGAAAAGCACUUGGAUCUCAAGGAUGUUUUUGAGCCUUCGCAGCUUGCCGAGAAGAUGUUGACCGAGGAGGAUAACCAAAUUCGCCUGGUAGACGAGCCCGAACGGCAUCAAAUUGCCCGCAAACCCUACCGCAAUGUCGUCUUGUCCGAAGACCAGUUCCGUGAAGAGGCCGCCUGGAUUGCUAACCUCAUGCUUUUGAAGAAACGCCUAGAACCAGAGCUACGCGAGCCUUUCCAGCGCUCAGUUGCCAAGGUCCUUGAAUUUCUCGUUACCGAUGAUUGGGAGGUGCCAUUCAUCUUCCAACAUCGGAAGGACUAUAUGAUUCACACAGUCAAGGUUCCUGUAGAUGGGGCUUCAGCGGAUCUUGAUUCAGGCGCUCAGUAUACAAUUAAAGCGGAGAAAUUGCUGAACAUGACUGACCUGUGGGACAUAUUUGACCAUGACCUCAAGUUCAAAGCGCUUGUGGAGAAACGCAACACUAUCCAGAAGACCUACGACAACAUUCAGUCGGUUUUCUCCGUCGACGACUCAAUCGUUGAGGAAAUGUUGCCAGCAGCCACUACAAUGGAAGAGCUGCAAGAUAUCCAAGAUUAUAUCCACUUUCAAUAUGCGUCACAGAUCAGGGAUCUGGCUGUUACAAACGGUGACGCUACCGGUGAAUCUCAAAGGCGAAAGGCCCAGACGAAGAACUUCUUCGACCGGGUCCGCAAUAGCAAAGCCUACGCCCUGGUACGUGCAUUCGGUAUUACAGCAGAUGCAUUUGCCCAAAAUGCUCUGAAGGAGGGCCGUCGUCAAUACACUGAAGAUCCAUCAGAGCGCCCAGAUGAAAUGGCAGAUGGGCUUGUUGACAAUGACUUUGGCAACUCAUCUCAAGUGGUCAAAGCCGCCAAAGGCUUGUUUUCAGAGGAAAUUGUAAUGAGUCCUAAAAUGCGAAAAGUCAUCCGCCAAGCAUACUACAUGAAUGGUGCCGUGGACUGCUUCCGGACCGAAAAGGGGUUGCGACGCAUUGAUGAGCAGCAUCCAUACUACGAGUUCAAGUACCUCAGAGAUCAACAACUCAGCGACAUCGCGCGCCAGCCUGAGCUAUUCCUCCGCAUGCUGAAGGCAGAAGAGGAAGGUUUGAUAGAAGUCAAAGUACGCUUUGAAAAUUUCGAAAACUUCCUAAGGCGUCUAUACCCUGAUAUCGAGUCCGAUAACUACAGUGAACUUGCAGAUUCCUGGAAUCGCAUGCGGCGCGAAGUCGUCGAUCUAGCUUUGGGUAAGCUGGAGCGUGUCAUCAACCGAAGCCUCAAGGAGAAUAUCCGCCAAGAAUGUGAAAAUCAUGUUGCGAAAGAAUGCCGAGAAGCAUUCUCCCAACGCUUGGAUCAAGCGCCUUACAAGCCCAAGGGUAUGGUGUUGGGUACGGUCCCUCGCGUAUUGACGCUGUCCACUGGUGGUGGUAUCGUCGGACGGGAACCCAUCCACUGGGCUUACAUCGAGGAGGAUGGCCGGGUUCUCGAAAACGGAAAGUUCGUCGACCUAUCUGUGGGUGACAAGGAUCGCGGUAUCGCAGAUGGUAAAGAUGUGGACUCUUUAGUCGAGCUUGUGAAUCGCCGUCGCCCGGACGUCAUUGGAGUGUCCGGCAUGUCUCCCGAGACUCGGCGACUCUAUAAACUAUUGGCAGAGGUUGUGGACACCAGAGAUCUGCGUGGUGCGCUUUACACCGAUGACCGUGAUGAUGAAGUCAGUGACCGCCUGGAGAUAGUUAUUAUCAACGACGAGGUGGCGCGGCUUUAUCAGAACAGCGAGCGAGCGAAGAAAGACCAUCCCAGCUUUGCUCCCCUCACUCACUACUGUGUUGCGCUAGCCAAAUAUUUGCAGAGUCCCCUUAAGGAAUACGCUUCACUGGGUCGGGACAUCGUGUCAAUUCAAUUCAAGCCGGGUCAGCAACUUGUUACGCAGGAAUUACUGCUGAAACAGCUGGAAACUGCACUGGUCGACAUGGUCAACCUCGUCGGAGUAGACAUCAACGAGGCUGUGUCAGACCAAGCCACAGCAAACCUUUUACCUUAUGUCUGCGGUUUGGGGCCACGCAAGGCAGCACAUCUCUUGAAGAUAGUGAACAUGACUGGAGGGGUGGUCAACAGCAGGUUUUCGUUGAUUGGAGUCAACGUACAAUACCCCGCAAUGGGGGUGAAGGUAUGGAACAACUCCGCAAGCUUCCUAUACAUCGACUAUGAGAGCGCCGACGCCGAUGCGGAUCCCCUUGACAACACACGGGUGCACCCUGAAGAUUAUGAUAUCGCUCGCAAGAUGGCAGCGGACGCCUUGGAGUUGGAUGAAGAGGACAUCAAGGCAGAAACUGAUGAGAAUGGGUCCGGUGCCAUUGUGCGCAAGCUCUUCCGGGACGAGGCUCAGGAUCGUGUGAACGAUCUGAUUCUUGAAGAAUAUGCGGAGCAACUCGAGAAAAACCUCAACCAGCGCAAACGUGCCACACUCGAAACAAUCCGUGCGGAACUUCAACAGCCUUACGAGGAACUGCGAAAGCAGUUUGUCUUCCUUAGCACAGAUGAUAUCUUCACCAUGCUUACUGGCGAGACGACAGACACACUCGCGGAGGGUAUGGUGGUGCCUAUCUCUAUUAAGCGCAUCAGCGACGACCACAUCGAAGGCAAGCUAGACUGCGGAGUUGACGCCCUCGUUGGGGAAUCAGAGAUGACAGAUCGCUACGACAUCCCAGUGCGCGCGAUAUACUCACUCCACCAAACGGUACCAGCUAAGGUGAUGUUCUUAAACCGCAAGACUUUCACCUGCAACGUGUCUCUGCGCGAAGAACAGGUCAGCCGGCCGUCCAGGCCUUCCGCCGACCGGAUACACGCAGGAGAAUGGGAUCAUCGUCAAGAGGGCCAGGAUAGGGAAGCACUCGAGGCGAAUACACAGAGUGGCGGGCGUACGAUGCGUGUCAUUAAGCAUCCCCUGUUCCGCCCGUUCAACUCCACGCAGGCAGUGGAGUUUCUCGGGUCACAAAGUCGUGGUGAUGUGGUUAUUCGACCGUCCUCGAAGGGACCUGACCACUUGGCUGUGACGUGGAAGGUGGCCGACGGCAUCUUCCAGCAUAUUGAUGUCUUGGAAUUGGACAAGGAAAACGAGUUCUCCGUUGGGCGUACGCUGAAGGUCGGAGGCCGAUUCACUUACAGUGAUUUGGAUGACCUGAUUUUCAACCAUGUCAAAGCUAUGGCCAAAAAGGUGGACGAAAUGAUGCUGCACGAAAAGUACCAAGAAGGCAGCAAAGAUAUCACUUAUUCCUGGCUUGACACGUAUACCAGAGCCAACCCCCGACGGUCAGCAUACGCAUUCUGCAUCGACCCCAAGCACGCGGGGUACUUCUUCCUUUGUUUCAAGGCUGGAGAACAUGCUCAAGUGCAAAGCUGGCCGGUGAAAGUCAUUCCUCAGGGCUACGAGCUACAGCGCAACCCCUAUCCAGAUAUGCGGGCGCUGUGCAACGGGUUCAAGCUGCUAUUUACCAAUAUGCAGGGUGGAAGGCGACGCUGA